UCCUCCGCGACCAACAUCAACAUGAAACUGAUCCUCGUAGUGGGCGCCCUCGCGGCUGUGGCCUCCGCCGUCCCCCGUCCAGACUCUCCUCCCGUCUACGGUGUUCCUCACCCGACGUACAAGCAACCAGGAAUGCCCUUCGAGUUCGCCUACGCCGUCAAAGACCCCUACUCGGGCAACGACUACGCCCACGCCCAGACCAGCGACGGUCACGUCACCUCCGGAUCGUACAGCGUGGCUCUUCCCGACGGCCGAACCGAGAUCGUGGAAUUCACCGCCGAUCACGACAACGGCUACGUCGCUAACGUCGCGUACGAGGGGGAGGCCUCCUACCCCGCCCCUGCCCCCUCCUACCAUCCAGCUCCCUCCUACCCAGCUCCCCCACCCCACCCAUAUCAAUAAUAGAGAGGGAAUACUUUUCAUGUUCAAGCCACACCAUUAAAGCUCCCACGUCACAAGGCAAAUAAAUAUCUUCAAUAUCACGUACCUCAUUACCUUCACAAUGGAAGUCCAUUACAACAACUGUCGACUCCUUUGCUUGACCACAGACUGGCAACUGGUUUCCUUCCCUAUACUUCACUGUCUCUACUCUAGGGAAAUGUGAUGUCUUUAACGUUUUGAUUUUCAGUGUCAUGCACGACGUUAUAA